CGAGAGCUGAAGAUCUCCUUUAGAUGGACGAGGACGAAAAACAGAAAUAUGAGUUCCUCGACACUGUAACAAGUGGCCCAGUAACAGAAGCGGGAAACAAGUUCUCUGCGACAGCGGCUGAGGUAGACACUUACGCCAAAGUGCGGAGCUUCUAUAAGAAAGUGGUCAGUGAUCCGGAGUGUGCCCGAGCAGAUCAUAACAUCAUUGUGUACAGAUUUCGUGACAUCGGUAAGAUACACGAAGAUUACCAAGACGACGGCGAAUACGGCGCAGGUCGUAACAUACUUAAGGUAAUGCAUGACAAUAACGUAGAGAAUGCGGCUGUUGUCGUAACCAGAGUGUUCGCGAAGCAUAUUGGCUUGCGGCGCUUCUCCACCAUGGAGGAAGCUGCGAUCGCUGCACUUCGUACACUCAGUGAUUAA